GCUUCUGAUUAUUGGCCUGCCAACGUUGCAUGUCAACACAGCGACUUCGACAUACAAUUGUUCCGCAUCCUCGUCCUCCUUCGCCGCACUACAAUCAUACACGAAAACAUGGCCGUCGAUAAAAAGGACAAAGCGCAAACGCACAAGUUGGCUCUGCGAGGCUCCUCGAAGACGGUCGCUGAGUUUUUUGAAUACUCGAUCAACACGAUACUAUUCCAGAGAGGCGUCUAUCCUGCAGAAGACUUUACACCUGUGAAGAAAUAUGGCCUCAAUAUGCUGGUUUCCUCGGACGACCAAGUCAAAGCAUACAUCAAGAAGAUUAUGUCGCAGUUGAACAAAUGGAUGGUCGGAGGCAAGAUCUCGAAGUUGGUGGUGGUGAUUACCAGUAAAGAGACGGGAGAACACGUCGAGCGAUGGCAGUUCGACGUGCAGCUCCUCGGUCGAUCCUCGAAACAACAGUCGUCGAAAAAGGCUGGGGACAAGGAAAAUGCUACACCGGGAGAUGCGCCCAAUGCUGAGCCGGAAGUCGAAAAGACCGAGACCCAAAUUCAAGAAGAGAUUCAGGCCAUCUUCCGACAGAUCACCGCAUCUGUCACUUUCCUGCCGGUCCUCGAUGGCAAUUGCACGUUUAACGUCCUAGUCUAUGCAGAUGCGGACUCGGACGUGCCCAUCGAGUGGGGAGACAGUGAUGCAAAGGAGAUCAAGAAUGGAGAGAAAGUCCAGCUGCGAAGUUUCAGCACCAGCAAUCACAAGGUGGACACGAUGGUCAGCUAUCGGUUGUUGGAUUGAUGGAAAGCGGAUUGUGUACAGAUACAAAGCGUGGCGUUUGGGCACUACGGGUUCUGCUAUAGGGCGGGAAGGCAUUUGAAUAGUCCAAGGGAUAACAGAAAUGAUAAUGAUCUUACGAGAGA